AUGUCCCGGCUGUGGCGUUAUCUCGCCAUCGGCUUGGCAAUAGCCGGCGGCCUGGUGACUGCGGAAGCAGACCAGAACAUCACAGCACAACCUGGUGAAGAUGUAACCCUAAAAUGUCAAGAUGGAAAUGAGAAAAAGAUAGCAGUUUUAGAAUGGAGCAGAACUGAUCUGGAUCCAGAUCAUGUUCUUUUCUUCAGAGAAGGUCUCUUUGAGUCAAAAUACCAGCAUACAUCCUUUAAGAACCGGGUGGAUCUGCUGGACAGUCAGAUGAAGGAUGGAGACGUGUCUCUGAUUCUGAAGAAUGUGACAGUGGAUGAUACAGGAAGAUACGAGUGUAGAGUCAUGCAGAGAGAAGUGGACCAGGGGACGAACAACAUGGAACUCAUCUGCACCCUCCAUCUGGAAGUAGCUUCAGGGAGCAAGGAUGGAGGAGACGAGGAUGGACGAGAUGAUGAUGGAGGAGAUGAGGAUGGAGGAGACGAGGAUGGAGGAGAUGAGGAUGGAAGAGAUAAGGAUGGAGGAGAUGAGGAUGGAAGAGAUAAGGAUGGAGGAACCUCGGAGGCCCGGAUUCAGGUCCCAGGCCCGGCUUUCGGGGUCGGGCCUCCUCUGACAGUCUGGUCCAGGAAGUGGCUUCAGUCCGGUUCCUCCUGGAGGCGCCUGAACGCAGAGCGAGGAGGCCUUCCUUCUCACAGCGGCGGGAGUCCGAGUGCGGCCACGGCUCGCAACAUGGCGGCUAGGAGGCGGCGUCUGGCCGGUGACGAGCGGUGCGGCUUCGGCCCCGCGUGGCGCCGGCGGGACGCUCACUUUGCGGUGGCGCCGGAGGGGCGUCGGCCUGUGGCGUGCCGGCGUCGCCCACCAGCUCACGCAGGAACUUGA